UUUGUUGUGGCGCAGGCCGCUUCCUCCGUCGCCUGCCCGGUCGCUGCGACGGCGAGGCCCGCAGGAGAGCCCGGAGGAGGAGAUCUCCCGGCGCCGCCUGGAGGUUGGAAACUUUAGAAUGAGCAGCCCUGGAGGGACCAAUAGGGUGGCCAGCUGGUCUGGAGAAAUAAGGCGGUCCCCAUGAGUUCUCCUGUGGAGGAUGUCCAUGAUCCUCUUUGCCUGCGUGGUGCGGGUGAGGGAUGGGCUUCCGCUCUCUGCCUCCACGGACUUCCACCUAGAUCAGGACUUCUUGGAAUGCCGGAAGAAACUCAAGGCCUUGUCCUCAAUGCUGAUGCGCUAUCCAGAUCGGGGAACAGCCAAAGAACGUGAUCUCAGCAUACACUUCCAUUCUUCCGGCGAAAUUGCCUGCAUGGGCAUUUGUGCGAGUAGCUACCCAGCCGUCAUGGCGUUCUGCUUUCUGGACGAGCUCCAGUGGGAAUUUGCCACUUCCUACGACGCAACAAGCGUAGGGCUGGCUUCCAGGCCCUACGCUUUCCUGGAAUUCGAUAACGUCAUUCAGAAAGUCAAAAGCCGCUUCAAUUACGCCAACUGUGCUCCGAUGAAGCUCAACUUGGAAAAAAUCCAGGAAGAGCUCCGUGUGCGUCCUCCCGCACAGGUAAAGCUGGAAGAGGCAGAGCUGAUGAAUGGGAUGGUGAAUGGACACGCAGAGCUCCCCGUGGAGUCUGCCUCUGCUUACAGGAUGCAACCCGUGUCCGCUGUGGGCAUCUUGUCUCUCGUCCUCAACAUCAUGUGUGGGGCUCUGAAUCUCAUUCGAGGCGUUCACCUCGCCGAAUAUUCGUUCCAGGAGGAUCGCCAAGGAAUUGGAAAUAUAAUAGCAUUUCUCACACCUUUUGUAGCUUGCUUCUUGUUGUGCUACCUUUACCUGUUCUACAGUUCGGCGAGGAGGGUCAAGGUCUUUGUGCUUUUCGUCACCAUCUGUCUAUGCAACAUCUACCUGUACGGAUUAAGGAACGUCUGGCAAAUCCUUUUCCACAUAGGGGUGGCGUCUCUUUCUUCGCAUCAGAUACUCACGCGGCAAGUCGUGGAGAAGCAGCCGGACUGCGGAGUAUGAAAACGGCUACGGAAUUCCUGUUGCGGUUUUUAAAAACCUGGGGGCGGGAGUGAUUUUUAAUGCUGCUUGGCAGCAGCCUACACUGCAGGGCGGGAUUUUUUUUUAAAGCCAUGAUUCAUUCUCUCUCUCGAGAGUGGGUUUUAUAGCAUAAAUUGGUCAUAAUUUCGCAGGGCGGAAAGGGAACGGAAGGUGGAUCCUCAGCACACCAAUGCGCUACAGAUUAAUGCGUGUAGAUGGGAGGAUGCUCUGAAACUAAGCUGAUCUGGGCCUACUAAGGGACUCCGCAAGGUGACCUCUUGGCUUCUAAAAGGAGUGAAUCAUCUGUCCCAGAAAGUGAAGAGUAAGUUAAAAAGAACCAGCGCUUCUGGAUGACACACAUGCAGCAAGCGUCAGUGCGAUUUAGGGGAAGACAAAAGGAAACCUCACAGUGACAGCUGUUGAUGCGUGAGCUCAGCAGAUGGGUGCUGAUUUGGUCAAACUUGUACUAGCGCCUAAGGACAUCGAACUGAAGGGGCUUGUCUUACUAGCUCUCCACGUCGCACAGUCCUAAGAACCGAAGUCUGUAGAAGUUGGGUGCUUCUUUGCACAAAAACAUCUACGUUAUCCCUUUGUAAGGACUAUGUCACGUUUACUGCUCCUGUCUGCCGUCUGCAGGGCUUACACAGAGUCCAUCCAGGACCAUCCAGUGCACGUUGUGUGGAAUAGCAAAGCACUUUUUAGAUUGUGCCGCUUCAGGCCGCAGUUAAGGGGUGGUGUAUUUGAAUCCCUUUUCCAUCGAAAGCACCCAUGUAGGUAGAAAGCUAGCACCUGAGGGGAAAGGUUAGCUCUCUCCUUAGUUUGCCUUUUUUUCUUUUUUAGGUGGGAGACUUUCAAACGAGUGGAUCCCCCUUUCUGCUGGCCGAAGUAGUACGGUCAGGCAGGGUUUGUGCCAUGCCACUUCUGCUCAUGGAGCCAGUUGGUUCUUAGACCCGUUAACAGUAGCAUCUCUAACCAGCUGAGACGCUUCUGGUUUUGAUACGUGUGUUUGCAACAAAGCCAGAUUGAAAUGGUAGGUCAUUACGGUGACCAAGGUAGAGGUGAUAAGUGUCCGAUUCAGACGUUCUUGAAUGCUGAGGCCCGGUUUGCAUGCCUCAUGCCUAUUAGGAAUGGAGGAGUUGUGGCCACGUUCUAGGCGCAAGGCCAAGAGAGCAGCCCCCUGACGAGCUACAAAGGUGGGAGACGUCUCCUAGGGUGCACCCUGGUGAGAGUUUCCAGGACGCCUUAUUCAGUGCUCAGCCCUGUGCUACGUGUACACAUGGAUAGAAGUCCUUGGAGGCUGAACAUGGCGAUGGAGAGCUCUGUACGGGUGGAGCUUCAGGAGGGAGGUGGCUUUCAGCCUACGAUACACCUUUCCCCUAGGCACGUCACCCUGAGGUUUCAGUCAGGUGAUGGAGGAAGUGUCGUGGACACUGCAAGGAUCAGAUACCCCAGCUGAGCACAUUUGAUCUCCAUAAAGGCAUUCCUCCAGUUCAAGUCA